GCCGCCGCCGCCGCCGCCGCCCCGGCUCGCCGCCGCCGCCCGCCCGCCGGGCCCGCAGCCCCGGCCCCCGGCCGCAGGCGAGGCCCAGGCCGCGGCCGACAUGAACCACCAGCAGCAGCAGCAGCAGCAGCAGAAAGCGGGCGAGCAGCAGCUGAGCGAGCCCGAGGACAUGGAGAUGGAAGCUGGAGAUACAGAUGACCCACCAAGAAUUACUCAAAACCCUGUUAUCAACGGGAAUGUAGCCAUGAGUGAUGGGCACAACAACACAGAGGAAGACAUGGAGGACGACACGAGUUGGCGCUCCGAGGCAACCUUUCAGUUCACUGUCGAGCGCUUCAGCAGACUGAGUGAGUCGGUCCUUAGCCCUCCGUGUUUUGUGCGAAAUCUGCCAUGGAAGAUUAUGGUGAUGCCACGCUUUUAUCCAGACAGACCACACCAAAAAAGCGUAGGAUUCUUUCUCCAGUGCAAUGCUGAAUCUGAUUCCACGUCUUGGUCCUGUCAUGCACAAGCGGUGCUGAAGAUCAUAAAUUACAGAGAUGAUGAGAAGUCAUUCAGCCGGCGUAUCAGUCAUUUGUUCUUCCAUAAAGAGAACGAUUGGGGAUUUUCCAAUUUCAUGGCCUGGAGUGAAGUGACUGAUCCUGAGAAAGGAUUUAUAGAUGAUGACAAAGUUACUUUUGAAGUCUUUGUGCAGGCGGAUGCCCCCCAUGGAGUUGCGUGGGAUUCAAAGAAGCACACGGGCUAUGUCGGUUUAAAGAAUCAGGGAGCGACUUGUUACAUGAACAGCCUGCUGCAGACUUUAUUUUUCACAAACCAACUACGAAAGGCUGUGUACAUGAUGCCAACAGAGGGCGACGAUUCAUCCAAAAGCGUCCCUUUAGCAUUGCAAAGAGUGUUCUAUGAAUUACAGCACAGUGAUAAGCCCGUAGGAACAAAGAAGCUGACCAAGUCGUUCGGGUGGGAAACGUUAGAUAGCUUCAUGCAACAUGAUGUUCAAGAGCUCUGUCGAGUGUUGCUUGAUAAUGUGGAAAAUAAGAUGAAAGGCACGUGUGUAGAAGGCACCAUACCUAAGUUGUUCAGAGGCAAGAUGGUGUCGUAUAUCCAGUGUAAAGAAGUAGACUACCGGUCUGAUAGAAGAGAAGAUUACUAUGACGUCCAGCUAAGUAUAAAAGGAAAGAAAAAUAUAUUUGAAUCGUUUGUGGAUUACGUGGCAGUAGAACAACUAGACGGUGACAAUAAAUACGAUGCCGGGGAGCAUGGCUUGCAGGAAGCAGAGAAAGGUGUGAAAUUCCUAACAUUGCCACCAGUGUUACACCUACAACUGAUGCGAUUUAUGUAUGACCCUCAGACGGACCAAAAUAUCAAGAUCAACGAUAGGUUUGAGUUCCCCGAACAGCUACCACUUGAUGAAUUUUUGCAAAAAACGGAUCCUAAAGACCCUGCAAAUUAUAUUCUUCAUGCAGUCCUGGUUCAUAGUGGAGAUAAUCACGGUGGACAUUAUGUGGUUUAUCUAAACCCCAAAGGGGAUGGCAAAUGGUGCAAGUUUGACGACGACGUGGUGUCCAGGUGUACGAAGGAGGAGGCCAUCGAGCACAACUACGGGGGCCACGACGACGACCUCUCCGUGCGGCACUGCACCAACGCCUACAUGCUGGUGUACAUCCGGGAGUCGAAGCUCAGUGAGGUUUUACAAGCUGUCACCGACCAUGAUAUCCCUCAGCAGUUGGUGGAGCGAUUACAAGAAGAGAAGAGGAUCGAGGCGCAGAAGCGGAAGGAGCGGCAGGAAGCGCAUCUCUACAUGCAAGUGCAGAUUGUUGCAGAGGACCAGUUUUGUGGCCAUCAAGGAAAUGAUAUGUACGAUGAAGAAAAAGUGAAAUACACUGUGUUCAAAGUGUUGAAAAACUCCUCGCUUGCUGAGUUUGUCCAGAACCUCUCUCAGACCAUGGGAUUUCCACAAGAUCAGAUUCGACUGUGGCCCAUGCAGGCAAGGAGCAAUGGCACCAAACGACCGGCCAUGCUGGAUAACGAGGCCGACGGCAGCAAGACGAUGAUUGAACUCAGUGAUAAUGAAAACCCUUGGACAAUAUUCCUGGAAACAGUUGAUCCGGAGCUGGCUGCUAGUGGAGCAACGUUACCCAAGUUUGAUAAAGAUCAUGAUGUGAUGUUAUUUUUGAAGAUGUACGAUCCCAAAACACGGAGCUUGAAUUACUGUGGGCAUAUCUACACACCAAUAUCCUGUAAAAUACGUGACUUGCUCCCAGUUAUGUGUGACAGAGCAGGAUUUAUCCAAGAUACUAGUCUUAUCCUCUAUGAGGAAGUUAAACCGAAUUUAACAGAGAGAAUUCAGGACUAUGACGUGUCUCUUGAUAAAGCCCUCGAUGAGCUAAUGGAUGGUGACAUUAUAGUGUUUCAGAAGGAUGACCCCGAAAAUGAUAACAGUGAAUUACCCACUGCAAAGGAAUAUUUCAGAGAUCUCUACCACCGUGUCGAUGUCAUUUUCUGUGAUAAAACAAUCCCCAAUGAUCCUGGAUUUGUGGUUACAUUAUCAAAUAGAAUGAAUUAUUUUCAGGUGGCAAAGACAGUUGCUCAGAGGCUCAACACCGACCCGAUGCUGCUCCAGUUCUUCAAGUCUCAAGGUUAUAGGGAUGGCCCAGGUAAUCCUCUUAGACAUAAUUAUGAAGGUACUUUAAGAGAUCUUCUACAGUUCUUCAAGCCUAGACAACCUAAGAAACUUUACUAUCAGCAGCUUAAGAUGAAAAUCACAGACUUUGAGAACAGGCGAAGUUUUAAGUGUAUAUGGUUAAACAGCCAAUUUAGGGAAGAGGAAAUAACACUAUAUCCAGACAAGCACGGGUGUGUCCGGGACCUGUUAGAGGAAUGUAAAAAGGCUGUGGAACUCGGCGAGAAGGCAUCAGGGAAACUUAGGCUGCUAGAAAUCGUAAGCUACAAAAUUAUUGGUGUGCAUCAAGAAGACGAACUACUAGAAUGUUUAUCUCCUGCGACAAGUCGAACGUUUCGAAUAGAGGAGAUACCUUUGGACCAGGUAGACAUAGAUAAGGAAAAUGAGAUGCUGAUCACAGUGGCGCAUUUCCACAAAGAGGUGUUUGGGACGUUCGGGAUCCCGUUCUUGCUGAGGAUACACCAGGGCGAGCAUUUCAGAGAAGUGAUGAAGCGGAUUCAGAGUCUGCUAGACAUCCAGGAAAAGGAGUUUGAAAAGUUUAAAUUUGCCAUUGUGAUGAUGGGCCGACACCAGUACAUAAAUGAAGAUGAGUAUGAAGUAAACUUGAAAGACUUUGAACCUCAGCCUGGUAACAUGUCUCACCCUCGGCCUUGGCUAGGGCUCGACCACUUCAACAAAGCCCCAAAGAGGAGUCGCUACACAUACCUGGAAAAGGCCAUUAAAAUCCAUAACUGACUUCCUCCCCUGGCGGGCGGGCGAGGCGGACCGCGGUGGGUGUGCCCUUCAACAACAGCCAAGAACUCUGGUGCGCGAGCACUGUCCCAAGUCUUCAGCAAGAGGAUUUGCUGCUGGUGUUAAUUUUAUUUUGUUGAGGCUGUUCAGUUUGGCUUCUCUGUAUCUAUUGAUUGCCCUUUUUGAGCAAAAUGAAGGUGUUUUUAUAAAGCUUGGAUGCCAAUGAGAGUUAUUUUAUGGUAACCACGAUGCAAGGCGCUGUCAGCGUGUCGGGGAACAGCCGGCGGGCGCGGCGCUGGACAGGCUCGGCUGUCCCCCCACCCCGGGGCCCGGCCGCCAGCCCCACAGCUAGUAAGUCUUCUGUUUAGGCUCGUCUGACGUCUUUCCCUCAAUUAUACUUUCAAUGACCUUUUGUGCAUCUGUAAAGGCGAAACAGAGAAACUCACAACCUAAUAAAUAGCGCUCUUUCCUUCA